AAUGAGCGCCAGGGGGCGGUGGGUGGUGAAACUUUCGAGCAGACAAAGAUGGCGGUACGGAAGAAAGACGGCGGCCCGAAUGUAAAAUAUUUCGAGGCGUCUGAUACCGUCUCGCAGUUCGACAAUGUCCGGGUCUGGCUGGGCAAGAAUUAUAAAAAGUAUAUUCAGGCAGAGCCCCCCACCAAUAAGUCUUUGUCAAGCCUGGUGGUUCAACUGCUUCAGUUUCAAGAGGAAGUGUUCGGCCGGCAUGUCAGCAACCCACCCCUUACAAAACUACCGAUGAAGUGUUUUCUGGAUUUCAAAUCUGGAGGAUCUUUGUGUCAUAUUCUAGCUGCUGCCUACAAGUUCAAGAGUGAUCAAGGAUGGAGGAGAUUUGACUUCCAGAACCCUUCAAGGAUGGACCGCAAUGUUGAAAUGUUUCUAACUAUAGAAAAAUCGCUAGUACAGAAUAACUGUUUAUCCCGACCUGUGAUUUACCUGAGUUCAGACAUAGAGCCAAAGCUACUGGGAAAGCUGAAGGACAUUAUCAAAAGACACCAGGGGUCUGUGACUGAGGAUAAACCAUCCAGUUCGCAUGUAGUGGUGCCUAUUCCUGCUAGUCUGGAGGACGAGGAAUGGGUCCGCCCUGUUAUGAAAAGAGACAAACAGAUGCUACUGCACUGGGGUUAUUGGCCGGACAGUUACGAUACAUGGAUUUCAGCCAAUGAGGUGGAAGCUGCAGUGGAGGAUCCGCCCACAGCUGAGAAACCCAGGAAGGUUCAUGCAAAGUGGAUUCUCGACCUGGAUCAGUUUAACGAGUGGAUGAACGAAGAAGACUAUGAGGUGGGAGAGGGAGGACCGAGGAGGAAGAGGAUUUCAGCAAAGACCCUCACGGAUGAAGUGAGCACUCCGGAUGAAAGGAGGGACAAAAAGCCAAGCAGUGCCAAAAAGAGGAAACGCUCCCCUUCUCCAUCUCCAACCCCUCCCCUGCAGGAAAACAAAAAGAAAAACACAAAAAAGGGGCCCACUACUCCCUACACUAAGUCCAAACGAGGGCAGAGAGAGGAAGAACCGGAAGAUCUGACAAAAGAACUAGAUGAACCUUCACCUGUACCUGCAGUGGAGGAAGCCACACUACCUAAAACAGUGACUAAAAAGGACUCAGAUUCUACUCCAGUCAAAGGAGGGACAAUGACGGACCUGGAUGAGCAAGAGGAUGAAUCAAUGGAAACCGUAGGAAAGGAGGAAGAAGAGGGUUCCCCCAGUGUGAAGGGAGAGCCGGUAAAGGGUUCGGACCUCCAUGAGGAUAAUGUCACUGAACAGACCCAUCAUAUCAUUAUACCGAGUUAUGCUGCUUGGUUCGAUUACAACAGCGUUCAUGCUAUAGAGCGCAGAGCACUGCCUGAGUUUUUUAACGGGAAGAACAAAUCCAAAACUCCUGAAAUUUAUCUGGCUUACCGUAACUUCAUGAUCGACACAUAUCGGCUGAACCCACAGGAGUAUUUGACCUCCACGGCUUGCCGUAGGAACCUUGCUGGAGAUGUUUGUGCCAUUAUGAGGGUUCAUGCGUUUUUGGAACAGUGGGGAUUGAUUAACUAUCAGGUGGAUUCAGAGAGUCGUCCGACUCCCAUGGGACCUCCACCCACCUCGCAUUUUCAUGUGCUGGCUGACACUCCUUCAAGUCUUGUACCACUACAGCCUAAAGCAUCACAGACUUCAACUUCACAACAGAUGCUGUCAUUCCCAGAAAAAGUGAAGGACAAACCGACCGACCUGCAAAACUUUGGACUGAGGACAGACAUGUACAGCAAAAAGUCUGGCUCGGCUAAAAAUAAAAAUGCAGCCAGUGCCACUCGAGAAUGGACGGACCAGGAGACCCUACUGCUGCUGGAGGGUCUGGAGAUGUGUAAGGACGAUUGGAAUAAAGUAUCCGAGCAUGUAGGCAGCCGUACGCAGGACGAGUGCAUCCUCCAUUUCCUACGUCUCCCGAUUGAAGACCCAUACCUGGAGGAUAGCUCCGCCUCCAUGGGCCCACUAGCCUAUCAGCCGAUCCCAUUCAGUCAAGCUGGAAAUCCUGUCAUGAGCACGGUGGCAUUUCUGGCUUCUGUGGUUGACCCUCGAGUGGCCUCCGCCGCAGCUAAAUCUGCCCUUGAGGAGUUCUCUCGUAUGAAGGAGGAGGUGCCAGCCGCGUUGGUGGAGGCUCAUGUGCGUCGGGUGGAGGAGGCGGCCAGAAACAGUGGCAGGCCGGACCCUCUCUAUGGCCUGGAGGGGAGCGGCAUCGCUGGCACGGGCCUUGAGGAUUCAGACAAACCCGCUGAGGAGAGCAGUGAAGAGACCAAGAGCAGCGAUGGCCAAUUCAGCCAGGAAAAGAGGGACAAUAAGGAGAGCAAAGACGGAGCCAGUGAAGAAGAGGAGAAACAAGGAGAGAACGGCAAGAAAGAGGAAGAUAGAGCGAGAGAAGCAGAACCAGAGAGAGAAAGAGAAACAGAGAAGACAGAUACAGAAAUGGAUGGCGAGAAGGAGAAAGAGCGGAAGGAGGCAACGGAGGAGGGUCAGAGGGAAGCAGAAAGCGAGGUGGAGAAGAAAGCGAAGGUGGAGAGGGAUGUAGGAGAAGGAAACCUGGCCACCGCUGCCGCUUCUGCACUUGCUGCUGCAGCUGUGAAAGCAAAACACCUGGCUGCAGUGGAAGAGAGGAAGAUCAAAUCUCUGGUGGCUCUGCUGGUAGAAACUCAGAUGAAGAAACUGGAGAUCAAACUUAGACACUUUGAAGAGUUGGAGACCAUCAUGGACCGAGAGAGAGAGGCGUUGGAGUAUCAGAGGCAACAGCUUCUCGCUGAUCGUCAGUCCUUUCAUAUGGAGCAGCUAAAGUAUGCGGAGAUGAGAGCCCGACAGCAACACUUCCAGCAGAUCCAACACCAGCAUCACAGUAACCAGCCUGGCAAUCAGCCAGCGGCUCCAUCUGUGACCCACCAGCCUGUCCCCAACGCCUCGGCUCCACCCCCAACACCAAGCCCCGCCUCAGCGACAGCCGCUAAUGCUCACGAAGCUCCGCCUCCAGUGGCUUCUCACAGUUCACCCCCCACCAACGCACAGGCUGGAGCAGCACACGAUUCCAGCACUCCAUUACCAGGGGAUCCUCUCUAUCCAAACGCCCCCGUUGCCCAAACACAGUAAAAGAGAGAGCUUGAGAUUUGGAAAAAGUGGAACCUUUAAAACAAGAUGAGAAAGAAAUAGAAAUGAAGAGAGCGAAUCUUUUGUUUUUGUCACUUUCAUCAUUUUUGGAACAAAUUACAUACAUAAAUUUCGCCAGCAUCCAGAACACGACAGGAUUUGAAAAAAAUUGAUAAAGCCAAACACUGACCUUGAAACCCUGAAACUAAAAGAUAAAAAAUGACCUUCGGUUUUGACAUUUGGUUAACGCCCAACAAAAGCACUCUUGACCCUCAACUCUGCAUCCAAGUACCCGAAACAAAGUUUAGCCUUGAAAACACUAUAUAUCAAUUUCCAGUAAUGUCAUAAGACCUACAGCAAAACUACAGGAUCCAGAAUUCAUCACCUAUACUGGGAUCCAGCGAAGGCAGUCCAAACGCACCUUGAUCUAGGUACUUAGAUGGAAAAGUAAACCGAGAAAUUGCACUUUUUGAAUGUUUCUCUAAUCUUACUUAUUGGAGGGUUGAAGCAUCAAGUCAAAUUAGCUUUGACUUAAUGUUUUCUUUUAUCGACGUUCUUUUUAUCACUAAAGAUUUGUAUUUGUUUUCAUAGAAGCACUCAGUUUGAAAAGUCCGAAGAGAAACUUGACUUUGACUUUGUAAUUGUUACUGUACGUGCGUGCGUGCGUGAAUGUUGGUUUUGCUCAUGGGAAAAUGUGAAAGCUUCAGUGGUUUGGCCUGUUUUUGUAUGUACUAUUAGAUUUUAGCAUGAAAAAGAGGGCAGCAAGUUAGUAUUUGUUUAACAACGUACUGUAAACCUGAAAAUCACGUCAUCAAUAAUUGAUGUUUGCAUGUUGUUUUUUGGGUAUGUGUGCAGAUAUACACAUCAACCAACACAAAAUAUCGUAGUGUUGCUUUACUUUUUUUUUGUUUUACAGGUAGUGUUGUUCUCCAUCUCAUUGCUAUGCUUAUGAGAAUACAUAAUAGUGGGAGCGCAUUAAUAAUCGACAGAUACAGAAUAAUGCUGGGAAUCAUAACCAGGACAACAAAGGCACGAUUUUAAACAGCGUGUCUUGUGUUUAAAAAAAUUUAAAUAAAACCUUUUUUAAUACAAUUCUUAUCAUUUCAGUGAGAUAACAUUUGCAUAUUUCAAUAACCAGUAUUCAUAGUUAGUAGAGAAUAUAUUGUGUAUGUAUGAGUGUUUUUGUGUCAGGCCAAACCCAGAGAAAGUAUUCGCCAAAUGAAGGAAAAUCUUUUUAAUGGCAACUACCUGAUUAGUCGAGAAGGGAUUUUAAAGUUACAUUUGCAGCUGUGGUAAAUGUCUCUCAUAUGUCUUCAUAUUGUAACCGUCCUAUUUUUGUAUUUUUAUAUGUUUCUUUACACUAUUAUGAAUGACUCUGUAAUGUUUCUUUCUCUUUCUUAUAUGUUGAUGUGAAGGUCACUCUCUUUAUACAGAGAGGCUGGACUUUUGUGUGUGUGUGGUGUGCAUGCACUCGAUGGUUCGCCACACAUUACUUUGAAUUGACAUUCAUUCACCAUGUUUCCAUACUACAAAUGUCAGUACUAGUGAUGGAAUUAGUAAGCUAUUAUCAGAUUUAACACAUAAACACUCCUGCUGUGAUAUUACUUGCGGUUUACAUCAUCACACAUGUGAAUGCACAAGUAUGCACCAACAUGCAGUAUUACUGACGAAGGAUUUACAGAUUUGCACGCAUCUAACCAGUGUUGAAAAUGUCGAUCGGUUUGCUCGGCUCUACGGCCCGUCUUUUACAUUGUAGUCGUAAGGUAGCUGUCGUUUUUUAUUUUUUACAUUUUGUUUAUACUUCUUUUUAAUGGUGACUCAGAAACUGGUAACCAUUGUGUGUGAAUGUUAGACGACAUUCGAUUUGUAUUUUGUGGAGAGGUAGCAGGCGCAGACAAGCACCUGUUUACUCAAAUGUUUGACUAAGAAUGGAUCGGUUUUGGUUUAAAAAAUACUGAAGGUUCUGCACAAUAAAAGACAUCAUCAGUGA